GCGGGUUAAUUUCACGCAAGACGCGACGUGAUUGGAUAACAUUUGAUAGUGGGCAGUACCCGUUCGCCGGUGUCUCCCUGGUUGCGCAAGACGCCAUUUUGGAGUGACGGUGAAAGAGAACAGAAAGAUCGAGAAGCUGUCUUUCUAAAGAUUUGUCACCAUGGGGAAUGUAUUUGCAAACUUAUUCAAGGGCCUGUUUGGUAAGAAGGAGAUGAGGAUCCUCAUGGUUGGUCUAGAUGCUGCUGGCAAAACGACCAUCCUAUACAAACUCAAACUUGGAGAGAUUGUCACCACCAUUCCCACUAUUGGUUUUAAUGUUGAAACAGUAGAAUACAAGAACAUCAGCUUCACAGUGUGGGACGUGGGUGGUCAGGACAAAAUCAGGCCGCUGUGGCGCCACUACUUCCAGAACACUCAAGGGCUUAUCUUUGUGGUGGACAGCAAUGACAGGGAGAGAGUGAACGAGGCCAGAGAGGAGCUGUCAAGAAUGCUCGCUGAGGAUGAGCUCAGAGACGCUGUGUUGCUUGUUUUUGCAAAUAAACAGGACCUUCCCAAUGCUAUGAAUGCUGCAGAGAUCACAGACAAGCUGGGCUUGCACUCCCUUCGCCAGCGCAACUGGUACAUCCAGGCCACCUGCGCCACCAGUGGGGACGGCCUGUAUGAGGGCCUGGACUGGCUCUCCAACCAGCUUAAGAACCAGAAAUGAUCCAUUCCACCAGUUUUGAUUUUUGUUUGUUGUUUAUUUUUUUCUGUUCCAACACAGUGGCAGCACCGGAUCCAGGCCCCUUCGCUCCCAUCUGACCUCAUGUUCAACCCCAGUUCUUUCUUCCAAGAACAUCCUCCAUUCCCUCCUUCUUCCCCUCUGCCUUCUCUCUUCUCUUGUCAGUACACAUGGGGCUCUUGCCUGUGCUGCUUGUGUGUGCGUGUGUGGGUGUGUGCGUGUGUACCGUGUAUGCGUGUUCAGUGAGUGUGUGUGGGUGUGAAGGCGUCUCUGUGUUCGUUGGCUGGGAUUGGGAGUAACCCUGGCGUGCCUUUUACACACCUCCUGUGGAAACAGUGGUCUGGCUCUUCAAGCCCCUCCUCCAUCCACCAAACUCAGUUCCUACCCCACUCAGCCUACCCCCACUCUCAGUCUUGCACGGCCCCCUUCUCCCCACCCUUACUCUCCACAGUAAGCAUGGUUUUCAUAAGGCAAAGAAAGAGCAAGGGUGCAAGCUCUCCUUCCCUCUCUCUCUGUAGUAUAUAUCUGUGUUAACCAGACAUGUUCACCCAGUGUUGACUGAAUGCCAGGAUGUUCAUUUUGAUUUUGAAACCUCAACCCACCUAUAAAAGAGAUUCAGUAAAUUGCAGCGUAACCUGUAUCAGGUUGAAGCAACUCAAAAAGGAAAAAAAAAAACAAAAAACAAAAAAAAACAAAAAACAAAACAGCCAUCCUCGAUCAUUCUUAUGUCAUUUGAAAAUCAUGCUGUUUGUUUUAUUAUUAUAUUGGAAUAUAACAGAUUAUUCUUAGCAAUGGUUCUCCAAUGAACACUACCUUUACCCCCAGUAAGCAAGACUAUGAAGCACAAGGCAAGCCAAUAAUCUUUAAACAGAAUUGUUAAAAAAAUAAAAUUCUCUUUGAAAUCAGGACCUUUAAGUAUAUGCUAUUUUUCUCUCAUUUCAGAUUUUUAGUAGCUGACUUUUAAUUCCCCCAAUUAAAUUGGAUUUUGUGUGAUGAUUUUCAGUCUAACAGUUCUGACAAUGCUCCUGCACUUACCUGGGUCACCAAUACAUGGUGUUGGGCAUUUCAAAAACCUGAUGGUUUCAACCAGUAACUUGAGAUAGGUGUCCUCAUACAUGCAAAAGCUUACAACGGUAUUCCUUUGAGAAAUGUUACAUGUGUUGUUUUUCUGUAUCUAGUUUUAGCAUUUCUAUUUGUACCACAAUUGAACCAAAUGCAUUUGAGCAGUGGGACAAAUCUUGUAUAUGAAAGUAGUGUAUCCUUGAGGGCCUCAACUGCAGAUGUUUCAAGAUAUAUUUUUUUUGUCAUAAAGCGUUGGCAGUAAUACAUCGGUAACAAUAGCUGUAAGCAUGCAGCUGUCUAAUUUCCUGGUUGGGAUGAAGGAAAAGCACCAAAUAUGAAGGCUCUUAACUGUAAACGCUCCAGGCAUAUGAAAGAAGGAAGCCUAGCUCAAAUGUCUGGGUGCCAACAGGCUACUGUACAUUACAGCACUGUUUGCUUCAUGGCUGAAUUAUCGAAGACCAAUAAAACAAGCACUGGUAACAACCUCAUCCUUGAGCUGAAAGGACUGGUGGUAGACCUGUUAGGGGGGAUGGGUGCGUAGUUGACUUGUCAUGAGCUUCAGCGGGUGUCCUCAGUGUGGAACUGUGGGAGUCAAGCUGGCACUUCUGUCAAGAAUGAUUGUAAAUCUGUGAGUUCCCCUACAAACUGUUUCUGUGGGGAUUUCCUGAACACAUCAAUAAACAUGAUUCGAUCCUACA